CUGUCCUGCGGUCGUGCGGGGCUCCCUCAGGGCCGCCCCAUCCACUGUCCCCCGCAGCCUUGGGAGCUAGGAGGGGCCAGAGCAGCCCAGGGGCAGCCAUGACGGAGCCCGGGGCCGAGGACCUGGACACCCUCAUCGACGAACUGGACUACCUGCCCGGCCACUUCCAUUUGGAGAUGCAGCUCAACUUCGAGCCGCGCUCACCGGCUCAGCUACGCGCCCGGGAUCUGAAGCUCCAACGGGAGGGUCUGCGGCAGGAGCUGGAGCUGGUGGCUACCCCGCAGCUGCCUGCCGUGCGUCACCUCCUGGGAACCUUUUCCUUUUAUCUGGAUGAGCUGGACGAGGCCCGCGAGCGUUUCCUGGAGGUGGCCCGCGAAGACCCUGGGAACCUCAAUGCCUGGGCCAAUCUGGCACACGUCUAUGGGCAGCUGGGCCAGGAGGAAGAGGAGGAGGCGAGCGCCGCGCAACUGGCCGGCCUCAUGGGCCUGGCAGGGGACCCCGAGGAUUCAGGAGACCCACGGCUCCGCGCUGCCCGCUGCCUGGCAGAGCAGGGAUAUGCACACGGCUUCGACGUGGGCUGUGCCAGUCCAGAGGAGCGUGCCCAGGUGCUGGAGGCGGGCAUCGCACUCUACGACAAGGCGCUGAGCUAUGGGCAGCAGAUCCCAAUAGAAGAGAAAAGGAGCUGGUACUUCACCAUGGCAACGCUCUUCAUCAGGCUGGACGGCAUCUUGCUAGAGAUGGGCAGUGAGGAGCAGAAAAGGCUGCCAGCCUUCAACCGCACCCUGGCCUUGCUCCGGCAAGUCCUCAAGUCCUCAGACUCCCGACACCGAGCUUUGGCCUGGUGCUAUGUUGGCAUGCUGCUGGAGAGGAAGGACACCUUCUUCACCACCCCCAUGGGUGUCCACGAAUGCGGAUACUCAGGGACGGAGGCCCUGGACUGCUUUGGCAAGGCCAUUGAGAUCGCCAAGGACCAUCCUCCCAUCCUGAAUCGCCUGGCCAAAAUCUUCCACUUCCUAGGAAAGCAGGAUAUGGCCAUAGGAACCUGCAACAUGGCCCUGGAUGUGCUUAGAGACCCACAGCUCAACUGGCAGGCAUACAGCACCAGGGCCAAGGUUCGAAUCAGAGCCUAUGUCCACGACCUGGAACGGGCCAAGGUGGGGCUCGGGGGCAUGCCAGACAGGAACCACCUGGCCUGUGCCAAAGCUGACCUUGAGGAAGUGAUCAAGGUGCACCCAGGCCUCAGGACCUACCUAGACAUCGGCCAGGUUUACUACUACAUGGGCGUGGAUGCCAUGAGGGAGCUGCUGGCUGUGGAUGAAGCCGCGCUCAACCAGGCGCUGGUCUUCCUGGCAAAGGCUGGCGAGUUGGAGCUGGGAGCCACGCUACCGGAGCUGCAGCUGCUGCGUGGCAAAUGCUUGCGAGUCCAGGGCGAGGAUGCCAACGCUGCCGCCUGCUUCAAGCGUGCAGUGGAACUGGACGACACGGGAUCCAGCCACACGGAGAGCUUCGGCUGCCUGCUCGAGGCGCUACUGGCUCAGUGGAGCCAGGCACAGCUGAGCGACGGCGAGGUGGGCUGUGAGGUGGACAUCUGGUUGUGCCACGCCCGGAGCAAGUACCCACCGGCACGCCUGCGCCAGGAGCUGCAGCGGGUGUGGCGCGGCCACACAGAUGAGGUCCUGGGUCUGGCUGGUGCCCUGGUAGCCCAGGGACGGCCGGCACUAGUGCGGUUGCUCUUUGAGACCAUGGAACACGAGGGUGAGGACGCUGGAGGACCAUGCAAAAAUCGAGCGUCCUCCUCCUGAGUCAGGUACUGAUGCCCUGAUGAGGUCGGAUCCCAAAGAGGCCCCACGUGGAUAAUUGAGUCUAGUCAUGGCACUCAAGACAGGCCAUCUGGAAGGGUGAGCAGAGCCAGAUGUUUUCGGCGUCGGGUUAUAGUUUAGUCGAAGGCUUGCCUAGCAAGCAUUGAGGCCCUGGGUUCAUUUCCUACAUCUGAGGGGUGGGGGAAGUCAAAGCAGAUUUUCUCCCCCCACAGAAAUUGUGAAUGGGUAUUUUGAAACGUUUUAUAAAUUUGAAAUACCCAUAGGGCAGGAAAGGGGCGCUUGCAGGAAAUUCUGCAGGAAAAGGAGUCUGGGAGCAUGCACCGAGAGGUCACUGGAAAACUGCCCCUUGAAGAAAAGAAUUUUACAAACACGCAGGGAAAAUAGGAUAGUUCGACUCUGGCAGAAAAGAUGGCUGUCUCCGAUGUGACUUC